AUGUUUGCCAUCCAUCCAGGGCUAGCUGAGGGGGCUCAGUUUGUGGGGAGCCUGCCUCUUGGAGUAUGUCAGCCCAAACUGCAACCAGACAGCAAUUCCAACUUCGUGGAGAAUGCCAAGGAUGCCAAGGAGAAUUGGCAUGGGAUGCCAGGUAAUGUGGAACCCAUCCUGAUGAGGAACUCCUCCGAGUUACCCUCUGAUAACCAAGCCUUCCGAGGCACUGGGUUCCCUGAGGGGCGAGUCCGCAGCCCCCCAGAGGGAGCAGAGAUCCAUGGUGCUGAGCCUGAAAAGUUGGGUGGUGCCCGCAGUGUCUGCUCCCCUCUGGAGGACAUCGGCUAUGCUAGCAGCUCCUUGAGCAUCGAUAGCCUUAGCAGCAGUCCAGAGUCUUCCUCCGAGAACCCCGGAGGUCCUGGUACCCCAGAUCCCCUUCUGCCCUGUGUGGCUCAGGCUGUGCAGCAGCUGCAGGCUCAGGAGCGCUACAUGGAGCUGGAGAAGGAGAAACAUCAUGUGCACUUGGUGAUGUACCGUCGCUUGACACUGCUUCAGUGGAUCCGGGCCCUGAAGCACCAGUUGGUAGACCAGCAGUCCAGGCUGCAGGAGAGCUUUGACACCAUCCUGGACAACCGGAAGGAGCUUAUCCGUUGUCUCCAGCAGAGGGCAGCACCUUCCAGGGCCCAGGACCAGGGCUAAGCCUGUACCUACCAGAAGUGUGCAGGAGUGUGUGUGUGUGUGUGUGUGUGUGUGUGUGUGUGUGUGUGUGUAUUUCCAGGCCCGUGUGUGAUUGUGCACAAGUGAUUACAUGAUUAUGUGUUGGCAUGAGUGGAUAAGCAUUGGUGAGUGUGUGUGCACUAACCUGUAGGGAGGUGUAUGUGUGUGAGUGAGCUUAAAUGUGCCAUGUAUGUAUGUAAGGGUAUGUUUUUGUAUGCAUGUGUGAAUAGGAACGUGUGUAUGUGCCUGAGGGAGGAUGUCCAUUCAGAAGAUAUGUGUACAUAUGUGUCAGUUUAGUAUACAGGCUUGUGUUGCAUGUGAAUGAACUUUUGUGUGUUCAGGCUUGCGUGUGCAAGCACAGGCAUGAAAGCGUCUGUUAGAAACGGGUGUGUUUGCAGAGUGAUUGAUGAGCAGGUGCAUGCAAAUAUACAUUCAGUUGCAUUUGCAGUGCCUCCACUCAUCCUGUGUUCCCCAAGGUCUACCCCAGCCCUUUUCUUCAUUGGGUCUCACUGCUUCCUGGCCUAGCCACUUCUCUGAGGGCUAUGGCUGACCCUUUCUUCUGGGACUCAAUGCUUCCUCUCAUCCUUCCUGCCCAUUGCUUGACCCAGACUUUGCCUGGCUAUGGCUGCUGUCCUGAUGUUGGCCUUUCUGUAAGAUGUGUGUGCGUGUGUGUGUGUGUGUGUG